CUUUUAGAAUGGGGGCAACUGCCGUAGCAUUUAAUACAACGCAGGACACCCACUGGUUGAUGAACAGACAUACUUCUCUUCCUGAGUCUGAGAUAAGAUUUUCUUCAAGCAAAAAUGUCAGAGAACUCCACUGAGUUGGUUAACUACCCUGACAAGGGCCAAGCUUUCCUUCCUGCAAUUCCCAUGAUUCCUGGAAACAGAGUGAAUCUUCUAGAAAACCGGUUGUCCAGUCAGGAGAGGACCACAGCUGUUCUCCUAGAUCAGGCCUUUCGAAUCAAAGAUGACAUUGUUUCUUAUCUUCAAGGAAGUAAGGGCCAUCAACAGGGGGAGACAACAGCACGGCAACUGCUGGAAAACCACAUACAGACUAUUACAAGCAUAGUUAAGAAGCUCAGCCAUGAUAUAGAGGUUUUGGAGAAACAAAUAAGAACAAGAGAUAAUGUUGCAACAGGAACAACUUUUGCUGUUCAAAGUUUGGACCAUAAAUACCUACAUGGAUUUGGGGACUUGCGUGGAAGGGUGGCCAGAUGUGAUGCGAGCAUUGCAAAGCUAUCUGGAGACAUAAAUAUCAUCAGGCAUGAGAUACAGAGGCUAGAGAAAGAGAUUGGUGGCAUCCGCUCUACCUCGGAAAGUUAUGCUAAUAAUUUAGAAAUGAAGGUAAUGCGGCUAUUAGACAAGCUUGAGACUUCCAACUCUGAGCAAAGCUCUCAUUUAAAGACAGUCCAGGGGGAUCAACACCAUGAAUUGCAACUUCUGGAUUUCAAGGUGAAUAGUCUUCUAAAUGACCUCCGGGAUCAAAUUCAGGACCAACGAAAGUGGACAGAAACCCAGCUGAGGCGAUCUGAACAAGAACAAGCCUACAAUACAAAUCAAUUUCUUAAUGCAAUAAAGGAGAGACUGGAAGCAGCAGAAAAGAAACUGGAAGAAAACGUGCACCUCUCGCUAAAGCUAGAGAGUACCAACAAACCACAGCAAUAUGAAAUGGUGCUGAGCCAGGUGAAAAAAUAUGAAAAUAAACUGCAUGCAAGAAUUACUAGAUUUGAAAGACAGAUCUGGAAUGAGCUGGAGCAAAUCCAGAAUGAAUAUAGAUCAGGAUUUCAGUCCAUUCAUGAAGCUCUCAACUCACUCCAACAAAUACAGACGACAAAACUGAAACUAGAAAAAAAGAAAUUCCAGAAAGACAUUAAAAAAAUACGAUGCAAGGUAUCUGAACUUCAAGAAGAUUGAAGCUUUUCCAACAUUUGCAGUUGUUCUCUCAACCUAACAGUACUGUUGACUUAAAGACUGAAACAAAGAAAAAUCUCAUGUCUCCAUAGCAUGUUACUGCGAUCCUUAAAUCAUAUUUUAUAGUAGAGCCUUCAUAAUCUAAUGCAACACUAAAGAAAAUCAGUUUUGGUGAUUUUGUCUUGUUUUAAUAUGUUGAAGCAAGGUCAGUGGGGCAAGAAAAUAAAUAUUAAGGACUGACAAAUUUGAAAAGGAUAUUUCACAAAAAAUUAGCUCUUAUUUGGCGAUUUUUAGGAUCCACCUGUCCAUUUAACUCCCUGAAAUUCUUAAGCAUAACAAGCCCACUUCUGGUCUGAAAUAUGCUGGAUUUACACUGGUGCAACUAAAAUCAAAAUUAGGCCUAGUAAAUUCUCCCAGUACUGCUCUAUGCACAUACAUUAAGCCUAUUAAUAUUAAAUGGCAAUUGAAGGAAGAAUAGCAAUCUUCACCUCAG